UUCCGCAUGACGCGCGACGUCGCGCCCCGCAUCGGGUACGCCAAGCCGGCGCUGAUCCUCUCGAAAUUCUUCCCCGCGCUCGAAGGCGCGACCACCAAGAUGAGCUCGAGCGGCCCGUCGCCGACCAUUUUCGUGUCCGACUCGGCCGCGGACGUGGCCGACAAGAUCCGCAAGUACGCCUUCAGCGGCGGUGGCGAAACCAAGGCCGACCACGAAAAGUACGGCGCCAACUUGGACGUCGACAUCCCGUACCAGUACUUGACGUUCCUUCUCGAGGACGACGCGGAGCUCGCGGCGAUCGCGAAAGAGUACGGCGAGGGCCGCAUGAUGUCGGGCCAGGUCAAGGACAAGCUCAUCGACAUUGUGCGCCACUUUAUGACGGUGCGCCCGCUCGCCUUUUAA